AGAAUUUUUUUUCUGAGUUAUGGCUUACACAUGUGGUGAGUGAAAGAACCAUAUUUGGAGUUUUUAAGUGUCAUAUAUUGUUGUUUGCAUGAUAAAAUUGUUUUUGUCGACAUCGCAUUAUGUUCUUCAGUGUUAAAAGUACAUAGCGGAACUUGCUCUGUGUAUUGAUUUAGAAUGGCUGCAACUUCAGCAGUCAGAGGCGAUCAGGAGUCUGAAAGUGGCCCUUGUGGUACACAAAACAAUAAUAUGCCUUUGAAAGCUGAAAAGCAACAUGAAACUGUUAAAAAUAAUACACUGACAGAGAAGCAGAGUUCUGUUGAUGACUGUGGGAAAUUGAAAGAAAAAGCAGUCAAGGAAGAAGUUGCUCCUAAAAAGUUUGUUGAUGCUCCAUUGCCUGCGACAAAUGCAUGGGCAAAGCGCAGCACUGGUGUCACACCAGAAGCACAUCAACUGCAAACAAAUCCUGAAAGCAAAGAUGUCACAGAGAAAAUCCCCCAAGAAAAACAUUCUGUAAAUACAGUUCCCAAAUCAAAUAAAAAUACUAGUGUUAAUCAUGAUAAACAAAGGCAAGAUAAGCCUAAGACUGAUGCUAAUGGAAAUAAAGCCACAACUCCUGAAAGUGGCCAGAAACCCAAAAUUAAGAAAUUUGGAGAGGACUAUGUGGAAGCACCCCUUCCUGUGGUCAACCCAUGGAAGAGGCCUUCAGGAACAAAUGUUGCAUCUGGUCCUUUUAAUACAGACCAAGACCCUACACCAGCAGCUGCAGUUUACACUGCAGCACGCAGUAAAGAAGUAAAGACACCUUUGCCAUCUCCAUUUACCAUAGACCCAGCCAAAGAUGCCAAACCACCAGAGAAUGCCUCGAAUGAAAACAUAAGUAAUAAGGCUCCUGGACCGGCCCUAGCGGAUGACAACUGGCCAGCUUUACAUGAAGUAAAGGGUUCAGAGCAAAACCAAGCAAUUCCUCAAAAAGCUUCUAAAUCUUCUAAGGUGAAAGCAACAGCAUCAGCUGCCCUCUCCCCCUCCCCAACAACUGCAGCUGACUCCCACGCAACUGUCAGUGUUGAAAUGGCAAGCAAGUCUGCAGAUGUCGUGCAAGUUCAGGCACAGCUUCAAAGUGAUUCAGGUGGUGACGACUCCUCUAAAGAAAACAAGGAGAGCUCUGUAAAUGGGGAUGAGUCCAACAAUGCAGUGAAAACAAAAAAAGCAAACAAGCCUAAAUGGUCUAGAAUGGAGAUUGAUCACCCAAAAUCAGAUAGAAGAAACAGGCGAAGCCGAAGUCAAGGCAGGCGUUUUUCUCCAAAUAGACGUGAGGGAAAGCGUGCUGGUGACCGCUUUCGCCCAGAGAGUCGUAGAUCUGAUGUUGGACCUGAUUCCCAAAACUGGAGAGAAAACAUGCUCCCCCAGAACACAGCUGUUCCUGUUGGUAAUACAGAGGUGCCAAGAAGUGCAAGUGCUGCUAGUGGUACUUUUAUAGGUGGCCGUGGAGCUAGGGGCAGAGGCGGCAUACGAGGCAGUCUUCGUGGCAGGGGUGGCAGAGGAAGGGGUGGGGUGAGAGACACUAUGUCUCCACCAUUCCAAGCUAACGCUAACUGGACCCCUGACCAGACCUUUCCUAACAUCCCGACAGACUCUGAGUCUAUUCAAGCACAACCUUGGAGUGCAGGAUUUAACUCUGUUCAAAGUAUGCCUCGCGUUCCUCCCAUAAAUCCUGCAGUGAUGCUGGGAAUGGAUCCAAGCUUGUACCUUCAUGAUGCUUUGCUCAAUAUUUUAGGACAGGCAUCAAUGCUUUAUGAGCACCAACCCAACAGUUAUCCCCCAGAAACACUUAAACACCAAGUUGAAUAUUACUUUAGUGAGGACAACUUGGUCAAAGAUUUGUUUUUAAGGAAGAAAAUGGAUGCUGAAGGUUGGGUGAAACUGGAGCUAGUUCUGAGUUUUAACAAAGUUAAGGAAUUGAAAGCUGAUGAGAAAAGUCUUGUACAGGCUAUCAAAACCUCUGAUAAAUUGGAACUGUCUAAAAAUGAAGACUAUGUUAGAACUACCAUAUCUCCUGAGCUGUGGCCACUUAAAGAAGACUACAAAGGACUUCCCCCUCCACCUGCCGUCCAAAGGGUAGCAGCCAUGUCUAAUCUUCACUUAGAUGCCCCUGAAUUUAUUCCUGGAAAGCCAUUUAUAUUGCGAAAUUUCAACAGUGAGGUACCAGAGUACACACCAACCUCUCAGCAAGAGGACUCUGCUUCCAGUGGUUUACAGUGGUCUAAAGAUGAUGAGGAUGAGGAAAGUUUCUUGUGUGAUGCCACAAGUAACCUUACCACCAUACCUCCAAUGCUUUCUUCAAGUGCCCCUCAGUUAUCUACAGAAGAGUGGCAAACAGUUCAACAUAAAGUGAAAAAGAAAUCCGAAAAGAAAAAAGAGAAAGGGGAUACAGUUAAGGAUGAAGAUACUAAACCGAAGAUUGAGGAUGACAGAGAGGAAUUAGACUUUCUGUUUGAUGAAGAAUUAGAUGAUUUAAAUGUUGGCAGAGCAAAUAAUUUCACAGACUGGUCAGACGAUUCUGGUGAUGAAAUAGAUGACAAUGACCUUGAUAAAAUUUUGAUUGUGAUGCAAACUCCCCCAGCACUGCGCAAGCACCCUGGUGGGGACCGUACUGGUGAUUAUACCAAAAGAUCUAAAAUCACAGCUGAACUAAGUAAAGUGAUCAAUGAUGGGCUGUUCUAUUAUGAAAAGGACUUGUGGGACAAUGAGUUCAUGAAUGAUUUUGACUUCAAGACCGUGAAUGUGAUAAGUAAAGAAGAAUUUGAAAAAAUUACUCCUUCCAAGUCAUCCACAGAUGUUGAAGAACAGGAGCUCCCCCCUCCACCUCCUCCUCCAUCCACUGUUACUCACUCAACGAGUAAAAAAGUUCCAACACCUCCAUCAUCUCAGUCAAAUCAUGGAGACAUUGCUAGAUCUUUGCCAGCCUGGGUUCCUGUGACGCCAGGGAGAAGAGAACAAGGCCCUCGUACUCCUAGGCAUGAUAGAAAAGAACCAAGAUUUUAUCCAGUCAUCAAAGAUUCAGGAGUUCCACAAGAUCCACAGACGCCCCGUAAGAAAAAGACACGCCACAGUAGCAACCCACCAAUUGAAUCACACGUUGGUUGGGUUAUGGAUAGGAAAGAGCACAAAGCCAGAUCCAGACAUAAUUCAUCUUCCAUGAGAUCUGCAAGAGUUUAUUACUCCCGCAGCCCUUCAGACAGUCAGCUGGCCUCAAGCUAUGGAUGUACACCAGUUUCAAUGCCCAACUUUGAACAUCCCUCACAUGAGUUAUUGAAGGAAAAUGGAUUUGUGUGGCAUGUUUAUAAUAAAUUUCAUUCAAAGUGCCUUAAAGAAAGAAAACGUCUGGGGAUAGGACAGUCCCAAGAAAUGAACUGCUUAUAUCGUUUCUGGUCCUUCUUCCUACGACAACAUUUCAACAGAAAAAUGUAUCAUGAAUUUCGAAGUUUGUCUGUUGAAGAUGCUUCCAAAGGUCAUAGAUAUGGAUUAGAAUGUCUGUUCAGGUUUUACAGUUACGGUCUUGAAAGGAGAUUUAGACAAGAACUAUUCCAGGAUUUCAUGGAAGAAACAAUGAAAGAUUAUAAGAAUGGUCAGUUGUAUGGUCUUGAAAAGUUUUGGGCAUUCUUAAAGUACUCACGUCGCAGUGUAGAGGUGAAUCCAGAAUUGCAGGCCCAACUGUCUCGCUAUAAUAAACUUUCAGACUUCAGAGUUGUGGAAAAUGAACAGGCUUUUGGUAUCACAGAGAACAACAGCAACAUAGCUCCACUGAAACCAUCUCAGACUACCCUCUCCCCUGCAGCAGCGGCUGAUAUCUCUAUAAGCAACAAAGGCAGCAUUAGCAGUACUUCCAAAAGCUAGUCAAGCAUUAGAACACUCAAUAUUAUUUUUUUUGACCUAAUGGUUCAGCAAGCUAUCAAUCAGGGUUCUGUGAAUUGGUCAGUGGACAACAGUGGUGAAUUGAUUUAAUUUGGAUUCGCUUCACAAUGUUUAUCUCACAGAAAUGUUAUUUUCUUCUGUAUCAAUUAGACAUUUUAAACUGUUGAUGAUGAUUUUUAAUCAUUUUAAGUAUUAUGCAAAUGUGUUUAUGUAUGAAAAGCGUAGCCAAGACAGACUACCUAUUGAAUGGCUGUCUUGUAGUUUCUGUCAGUGAAACAAUUGUAAAACAAACUUUAAUGAUGCAUUCUUUAUACUAAAUUUGUGGAGAUAAUCACAUUUUGCUUUGUAGUUUUGAUUUGGAAUUUUCUGUAUUUAAAUUUUAUUUUGUUAUUCUUUUUCUUGAGUACAGACAUUCUGUUUAAUAGACCAAAACUUAGGUGUUGAAAUGAUGUUCUUUCAUACAUUAGCAGAGAUUUUGAUGUAUGAAUGUUUAGUUCAAUAUGCCAAAUACUUUGUUCUAAAUUAUUAUUAUUUAGCCUGUGUUUCAAAAAUGGGAGUACUUAUAGUGAUUGUUGUUUACUACUGUGGAUCUUGAGUAUAUUUGUGUUGGCUUUGGUUAUAAUAGAAUAUUUGUUUUCAGGUUUCUUCCUAUUUUGACUUUAAAUAUAAAAGAAAACAAGGAUUGUGGAAAUAAUGUAGUUGAAAGAAACUAAAGACUUGUAUUUAUUACUAACAACUUUUUUGUGAACAACAUUUACAGUGAAGUUUUCUCCAUCUAAGAAACAAAUCAUAAUAGAACUAAGUUUGAUGGUGUGUGCGUGUGUUGAAUUGUAUGUAAAGAUGUAUUCAUCAUAUGGCAAUUUUUAUUAUAUUUUUUUUUUUUUUAGAUUAUCCAAUUUUAGUGGUAAUUGGCUGUUUCUUUGGAUCAAUAUUCAACUUAUUGUAUGCAUUAAUCUUGUAUUUUGACAUCAGCUCUAAUAGAUGCCAAUGUGUUGUUGUUGCCCAACUUGCAAACUCACACCUCUAUAAUAGAGCAGCCUGUUCUCUUAAGUUUUGCCUGUAAAAUAUUGUUUGUAUGUCAGCAUUUGCAAGAGUGUUUGCACAGAUGUUUUAUUGAUGAUAUAUCUUGAUUUAUACAGCUUUCAGUAUAAGAUUGUGUUAAAUAUUUUACUUUUUGUUUAUGACUUUACUGGUAUAAUUGAAUUUUAAAACACAUAUUUCUUAUGACCUCAACUGCCGUGUAGAAUUUUCAAAUUCAUAUUUAUCUGAUGACCUCAACUGCCGUGUAGAAUUUUCAAAGACACACAUUACUUUUUAUCUCAACUGCUGUGAGAAAAGAAAAAUGCUAAUUAAAAACAAUUGAUGUAUAAUUUGACUUUCAUAUAAUUCAGCUAAAAAUUACCAUCCUGACUAUUAGAAAAAACAAUUAUUCAACUUAGAAUUGAUUCCUCCUCUCUGGCUGAAGUAGUUUCAUCUAAAAAGUCAUUUGUUUAUUUACUGAAGUCUUUCUUACAAUUCAAGGAAGUUUGUGUAUGGUUGGUGGCAGUCAUGACUCCAGUACAUUGUUAACUGUAACUAGUAUUUACAACUGGCCUUAUCUUUGGUUCUUUGUAUUGGACUUUGCUCUAAACUUUUAACCAUUCAGUGUUUGAAAAGACGUUUAUAUGUAUAUAUUUCUAAUAACAAUGCUUAGCAUAAUGUCCAUGAUUAGUAGAUCUGUCUUGUCUAGAGUUCUAGAAAUUGUAUUUGGAUGCUAAGCACAUAAUGGACCAUUUGAAUGACACUGAUUUUAGGCUCAUUAGAUCUUUAGCCAGCACUGUUGUUUUUUUUUUAAAGUGCAAGCUCACUUAUUAUGAAAUAAUCAAAAAAAAAAUUUUCCCAUAAUUUUAUAAUGGAUGGUAAAUGACUAAGGCUUUUAAUUCUUUUAAAACUAAUUUUAUCAUGGCAUUAUUCUAUGAUCAUGUUGAUAUCCAAAUGUUUUACUGUACAUAGAACACUGUAAAUAUUAUUGGAAGAGAUCAUUUGACUGUAGUGAAUUCAUAAAGACCACAGAUUACAGGACAUGGUGGUGUUGUGAUUCGGCUUGUUUCAUUCUUCUUAGCAUCAGAUAUUAUACAACAUGUAACCCAAAUGAUGUUCUCUUCUGUAUUCUUGUUAGUUCAACUUUCUCUUUCAUUCACUGUUACAGUUGUGUGUUGAACAGGUUUUUUCUUUGUUAAAACAUUUUUCAUACUGGUAGGAGAAGAAUUGAUGUCAUUAAAUUCAUUGUUUUUCUUUUGAACAUAAUUUUAUCCCCCAUUUGUUUUCCUAGAAGUCUAAAAUGUAAAUGAUGUUCAAGGUUUUUAUUUUUUGGCCUCCAAUUUGUGUUCUUAUAUAUAUAUAUAUAUUUAAUUUAUGUAAAGAUAUGUCUUACACUGAUAACCAGGUUUGCUCUCCAAACAGGUCUAAUUCACACUAUUUAGUCUAAACAAAAUGCUUCCUAUCUCAAAAAAACUUUUUGUUUUCCUGGCCUAUUUUAAAAUCUAUAUUACUAAACAAAACAACAAAUUAUGGUUAUUCUUUUUUCUUUACCACAUAUUUCUUGAAGACAGAAUUAAAACAAUUUCGGAUAAGUGCGUGAUUGUCAUUGCAAUCUUAAUUGUGGAAGGAUUGUUUUUGAUAGUUGUAGUUUAAAUCCUUGUAGUCAAGUCUGGACAUGCAUGGAUGUCAAUGAGCUGAAUAGGAACAUGAAAGGCAAGUCUACCUAGUUUAAAUUGGCGGUAGUCUUGCUACCAUGUUGAUUGCUCUAGUAAAACAUGAAUUCAAGUCAUAAAUUAUAUUUUAAAAAAAUAUUGCUCACCUUUUUUUUUUUCCCAUGGAGCUAGUGCUGAAACAGCUGAAUGGAUUUAUUGUUUAGGCUGUUUCUGAGCCUUGAGACUUGUACCCAGAAGAAGGCUAUUUGGUGAAGUGCUUGGACAUUCACAUCUUAUCAAAACAUUGGCCUCUAACCCUGACUCUUUGGAUUUAGAGAAUAUACACUUUGAAAAGUUCUUAUACAAAAGGAGUGCCCCCCCCAUGCUUGGCUGACCAUUCUUAAGGCCCCUCUUUUCUUUUUUGUGAACACAAAGCUUUAUUUAGGUCAGUUUGAAUUUGUGUUAUCUAUAACUACCUUUAACCACCUUAUUUCCUCAAUUACUUUGACAUAUUUGUUUCCCUUGUUUUUUUUUAUAUUUGUAUGCCAAUGUUUUGUUCUUCAUUGUUUCAAGAGCAAGUAGAUUGUAUCUAGUUCUUAAUUUGUACAGACAUUCCUUUCUGAUUGCAUAAUGUACAUAGAUGUUCAUAUUUGUUACCCAUGGGUUUGGAUUCAUACAAACAAUUCUUUUCAGACAUAAACAUUUAGUGUGUGAAUAGCUUCAACUGGUGUGCUCUCUUUCUUAGUGAACUACUCUUUAGGCCUAACAUCACAGCAGCUAUCCUAUGAACAUGUGUACUGUGUUGGUCAAGUAGAGACUCUCUCUUGGGCCAAAACUGAAGUGUGCUUGUGCAUGCUGUUUAUAGACUUUUUUGUUUUUUUUUGUUAGAGUUGCUAUUUUUGUUUUAAUUAAAUUUAAAAAAAAAGGAUAAUAAUUUAAAAAAAAAGACAAAAAAAAGAUAUUGUUGAGAACAAUAUUACAAUACUACUUUGAUGGCUAAUCAGAUGUUUUGUCACUUCAACCUAAGACCAGAUUUGUGUGUGUUCAAUAUCAGAUUAUUUUUGUCACCAAUCUUAUCAACAUGUCCCUUUCCCCUUCUUUUUUUGUCAGUAAUGUACAGAGAAUCAUGUCUCUCUUCCACUGUAGCAUUUCAGCUUAUUAACAAUUAUGCUUUUUAUAUUAAUUGCAACUCAAUUUUUUUCCCCCGCACAUGGCUGUUUGGUUCAUAUUUUUGUCAUUCAGGGGAAGGGAUUCAGGAUCAUUUUUGAAAUAAAUUUUUUUGGUCAUAUCUA